UGAAGUUGCUUCAUUCAACUCUGCCGCACGCCCCACCACUACACAGAUUAGUUAGCUUCUUAGCGAGCUGUAAAGAGCGUAGUGUUAUUAGCCUUUGCCUAUUUAGCUAGCUCGAACCAGCUAAUCUGCCACGAUGGAUAUCAGAAAUGGGCUUUGCCAAGGUACCCAAACAAAGCCAAAGGAGAAUGAUAGCAACUAGCAGCAGCAGCAGCAUCAAACCACAGAGGCUGCCACCAAGCCCAGCAGCAAUGAUGCUGCCGAGCUUCAGAUAGCUUUGCCUGCAGAGCCUACCCACCCUUCCAUUAGUGCCGCCAGGAUAAUGGCUCCACAGCCCCCUACACCUCCGACUGUUCCUGACGAUCUUGGAACAGAGGAGCCAGCUCUGGUUAGCCUAGAAUCCUACCCUUGCUGCAGGUUUUCUGUCCACAUUUUUUACAUUUAAUAGCACCUGGUUCAUAGGAAGAGAGUAGCUGGAAUACUCGGUUACUGCAGAUGCGGCAUUUUGUUUCCCAUGUUGAAAGUUCUGAGUUGGGUCCAAUGCUAACGCAGACAAGGACUUCACCCAAGCUGGGUACUCUAACUGGAAGAAUUGUAUUGAUCGUACCAAAGGAUUCGCUCGGCAUGCAUCAAUCAAAGAGCAUUUGAAAUGCACUGCACUGUGGAAAGAAACUAGUUUGAAGUCUUAUGGGUACAUCAGUGUCAACACUUGUUAAUGAUGGGUGCUGGCAAGAAAUCACAUGUUUGUCGGCGAUUGUGGACAUCACAGAAUUCCUUGUUUCAAAGCAGUAACCACUGAGGGGACAUUGGACACGAUAGAGUCAAGAGGGGAGGGAAGCAGUGGAUUUUUUUCUGUCAAUUAUGAAAUAUACUCUCCGAAAAGACAAGGAACUUUCCAAGGUGCUUAGCACCAUACCCCACAAGGCCACAUACAUGUUGUUACACGAUAUUCAAAAUGAAAUCAUAGGGUUCAUGAGUGGGGUGUCCACAGCUAAAUGCGAUAACUUAUUUUUUACUUUGACAAACGUGUUCAGUCAGCACAAAAUAAGUAUUCUACACCUGAGGAAAGCUCAGCUAAUCCAACUGGCUUUUGAGGGGUAUUUUACAAGAAGAUUUCAGGAAUAAUGGAGUGAUCGAUUACUCAGGAAGUUCCACAGAGCAUCAAGGAGGCUGCAACCUUUCUGAAGAGGGAGUCCCUCCAGAGCUGUCUCCACCAUGUCCCUUUCCGUGCGCCCAUCGCGCCGAGUCAUCUCCAGAUCCAUCACUAGGAGCCAGUCCUUUGCCGGGGUCAACUCCUACGAUAAGCCCUACAGGAACCUGUCGGUGUUCAGCACCCCGAGGGUCACCAGGAAGCCCUCCAGAGCCAGUAGGAUGUUCACCCUCUCCGCCAAAUCCCCACCGCCCAAGGUGCCCCAGCCAGAGAGGCUGGAUGAGGUCUACGAAGCUCUGAAGAGAGGCCUGCAGUCUUACCUGCAGGUGCACCAGAUAGAGCUGGACAGCCUGAGCCGACAAAUGAGGGAAUCCAAGAGGAACUCUCGUCUGGGGUUUCUCUAUGAGCUGGAUAAGCAAGUGAAGGUGGUUGAGAGGUUUAUGCGACGGCUUGAGUUCCAUCUAAGCAAGAUUGACGAGCUGUAUGAGGCCUACUGUAUGCAGCACCGGCUGAGGGAUGGGGCCAAUAAAAUGGUGAAGGCCUACACAGUCUCCCAGGGCAGCCGCGAGGCCAGAGAGAGCCUCUCUGAGGCCAACAAAGGCUACAAAGAGUACACAGAGAACAUGUGCAUGCUGGAGAGCGAGCUGGAAAACCAGCUGGGGGAGUUCCAUGUUAAGAUGAAGGGUCUAGCAGGGUUCGCACGGCUUUGUGCUGGGGACACGUAUGAGAUCUUUAUGAAGUAUGGGCGGCAGCGCUGGAAGCUGAGGGGAAGGAUGGAGAUCAAUGGCAAGCAGGUGUGGGACAGCGAGGACAUGGUCUUUCUGCCUCUCAUCACAGAGUUCCUAUCAAUAAAGGUGACAGAGCUGAAGAGCCUGGCCAAUCAUGUGGUAGUGGGGAACGUGUCAUGUGAGACCAAAGACCUCUUUGCUGCUCUACCCCGGACGGUGGCUGUGGACAUCAAUGACCUGGGGACAAUCAAACUGAGCCUGGAGGUCACCUGGAACCCUUUCGACAAGGAUGACCAAGCCUCGGCUGCCAGCACUGUCAACAAACCCCCCACGGUGAACAAACGCUUCUCUACCUACAACCAGAGUCCUCCUGAUACCCCCUCCUUACGGGAACAGGCCUUCUAUACGGCUCCGAGGAGUCUGUCAAGGAGCAUGAUGUCCCCCAAACACCGCUGGUCCCUGCUGGAUGUGUUCCGUGACACUCUGGCUGAGAGACUGUCUCAGAGCUGCUCCUGCAGUGACGUCUCCUCAGUCCAUCUGGGCUCUGCUAACAUGCAGACUGACAACAUGCUGAGGAGGCAGGAGGAGAUGGAGAAUGGCACAGCCUGGUCUAACUCCUCGGAGUCGUCAGAUGACUCGUCCAGCCCCCAGCUGUCCCUGGGGCUGCGUCAUGCCAACAAGAAUCUGGUCCAGCUAGAGGUUCAGGCCGCCGCACCCUCCAUUGAGAUCUCCUUUGCUCCCAGAGACUCUGCCACCUCCACCCCUACCCGCUUAGCCAAACCGGAGAAUGUGCAGAAGGAGGAGCCAGACACUGGAGCAGCAGGGAAAGAGGAGGAUUCUGGGAAACAGGCUAUGCCUAACGGCCAAACACGUUAUUCACGCUCCCUCAGCCAUAUCAGUGAGAACAGUGCCGAUGGCGUACUGAUGGACAGGUCAACUUGCGAAUCAGUGGAGCCCUCUGAGGCCACCUCCCUGCAGUCUGGGAUCUCUAUAAACGAUAUUGAGAUGGAGAUGCCUGCCAGGGCGGAGUCAGCCCCUGUCCCAACUGAGACUGUGGUGGUCGGGGAACCAUCUGGGCCACUCGCCCCAGCUACUGUCACCAUGGAGGAGAGCAGGCCAGAGAGCAGGUAUUCUGCAGGGUCUAUAGAGUCAGACACGGGGUUAGAGGUUGUUUCAGGGGCUGUUUCAGGGGUAGAGCCAGAACUCCAGAGCUCUGCACCCACUAGGACUGAUGCCGUGUCUCAGCAAGGUACGUCUCUGGAUCUCAGGGCAGACUCACAAGCACAGACCCAGAGCACAGAGGAAAUAUCAUAUACUGCCCACAGGGCAGUGGUGGAGGAGGCCGAGAAGCCUGGGCCUGUAGUAGUGGCCAACCCCACAGAGGGUGAGAAGCAGCAGGCUGUGGACAGUGAAGUUGAGGAAGCCCUGAGUGCAGUCAUCGCCUCUCUGGAUGACUACAGGGGACAGUUUCCUGAGUUACAGGUCCUGGAGCAGGAGCUCAGACUACUGGAGGAGACAUUAACGGGCCAUACAUGCAGUUGUUCGUCCAGUGUCCAGAGUCUGGCGGUGGAGACGGCUCUCGGCAGCUUUGACUUCCUCAAUACCUCAGACCUGGAGGAUGAAGAGGAGGAUGAGGAUGGGGAGAAAAGGAGUGUGACAGACGGUGAGCACCACAGCGCCCCCGACAGGCCACCAGAGGAGAGUGCAGGGGAGGAUGAGUGCUGUGAGGAGAGAUGCUGGGAGUCCCACUCCUCUGGACCUGUGAGCACAGGCUGCCAGGCUCUAGACCAUACACUACUGGUCCAUCUGAAAAACUGCAGUGCACAACUUCUGAGGCUGGGGACCUUUGGGCCUCUGCGCUGUGGGGAGAUGUAUGCUCUGGACCGCCUGCUCAGGGAGGCCCGCGUCCUCGAGCUCAUCAGACGUGUUGCCAAGGAGACCCCUAGAGGAGCCACUCAGCCAGAUGAGGUGGUUCCCCAGUUAGAACAGUGCCAAGGGGCAACAUUGCUAUGGCAGCAGUGUACGGAUGAUGGCAGUGUGUACAGCACCUCCACAGACGCUUUCCUCACAACUCUGGCCGCUGCUUACACCAACAGACUGCCCGAGAGAGGAGUUAGCCUGGCAGACACAGUGUUCUUGCGUCUGGUGGAGAGAAUUCUGGAGAGGAGGCUGCCCAAGCGUGGGGGAGUGGUGGCCAGAGACAUGCUGACCCUCUUCCAGUUCUGGAGCUACCUAGAGGCCGAGGGAGUGAGCGAUUUGGACACACACAUCAUUGAACUAGCGGAGGAGGUGUGGCUGGUUCAGAGCCUGCAGUCAGGGGACCAGGAGGUACUGGUGAAGGCCCUGAAGAGGCCUCCAGAGAGCAGCCUGAAGAGGGAGGGCCUGCAUGCUGUCAGCCUACUGCUGAGGGACCCGCGGGGUAAGGUGUCUGCCUCUGCCAGCUCCCUGCUCCGGAGCCUCGCCGACCAGCCACGUCAUCGAGAGAGGGCCCUAGUAAGCUGUCUGGAGCUUCUGGAGAAUGAGAGUGUGGAGACGCGAGUGUGUGGCUGUAAAGCACUUGCAUGUCUGAAGGCCAAAGAGAGCAUCGACCAGCUGGUCUAUCUCUGUCGAUCAGACAAGGAGGAUGUGAGGGAUGCUGCCAAACAAGCGCUGCUGGUGCUUGGUGAGGAGGGGAAGUUGGCCCACAGACACGUUGAGAUAUCACUGCAGGAGGGAGUGCCACGCCUCUUCUCCCCUGGCAGCAUGACCAGCACCGCCUUCUAAUGCCACUAGAACGGAAUACUGAUACCGUCAUGCCCAUGUCAACACACUGUUACAGCCAUUAUGCCAUACACACAUUAAAAUAUACACUGUCAAACAGGGUGAAAUAUACCCAGAUGCAAAGAGGAUGCUGACUUUUGCACAUGUACUCACUAACACUGGGAUGACAUCUACAGCUUGACGCGAAGUCAGUGAACUAAACUCGCAUUUUACCAACCUGUGUGUAAAUAAGUGAUAACUACUCAUGAAAACUGUGGAAUUGUAGAAGUGAUGAAGAGUGGUAGAAGUAUUUUACUGCCUUACAGUAUGUUUUGGUCUGGUGGUGUUGCCUUCUGAGUCAUGUAAUUAUAGCUGGAAUGAUGAAUGGAUGGAAGGACACUGCAAUCAUUGUGUCAGAUCAUGACAUGGAUAGAACGAAGUGGAAAAGUGACAUGAUUACUUUUCUGGGGAAAUGCACUUAUUUGCUUAAUUUGUGAUGAAGCAGGUUGGCAUUGGUCUGUGUGGAGAAUGACUGAGUGUCUGGUAGGAGUACUGAAGUAAGUCAUGGGGAUGGAAGGGAUUGGGUUGUUCCUCAGGAAAUAAUGGUGGUGAAACAGUUCCAAAUUCUAGGACCACAGUCUGAUGAGGAGCUUGUUGCCAAGCCAGUUGGGAAAGGAUGCUUGAAGAAAGUUAUUACAGUGCCAUCAUUCCAUACUAUCAUUAUAUGCUUUGUGGAAAUCUAUAUUCCCACUGGAAGUGUAUAUGUUAUAUAAUUGUAGUGUAAUUUGGUUGGCAUUGUUGAGACAAUUGGAGUAAAUUCAUAUUUGGUAUGAGUGCUGAUGCCUCAAGUCACCAUGCACUUCCUGAGACUCACGCCACUGGCGAUAUAACUGAAGAUUAUUUCUGCUGUAUUGGUGGUGGAGUUCUUUUUUAUUUUUUAUUAUUGAAAACUUAACUGUGCUGGACUGGACUUUGCCUUUUUGGAGCAGACAACUUCUCACUUAAACAGACAACCACACUGCUAGGACUGGCCACCUGCUGGCCAUUAUAGUGUGGAAUCAGGGUGUGAUGAGAACCUGCAUUCACUGUAUAUUAUUUACUUAGCAGAUUCAUCAGUUUUUUUAUAUAGGACUUCAAAAUAACGAUAUACACUGAAGGAGCUUUUUAAGUUGUCUAAGUGCCUCAAGUUAGUGGUGAGAUGAGACUACGAAUGAAGAGAUCCAGUGCUAAUAGAAACACUGCAGCAAAGUCUAUUUUCCAUAUGACUCAAAUUGUGCAGCAUUAAAAUAAAUGAUUUUCUUUAGAUUUUCUUUCUAUAAAAGUAUAGUCUGACAUAUCUUGCCUGGCAAUAAAUGUACAUGAAUUAUUAAUAAAAAUGUGUUUGAGAAUGUAUAA